AUGGGUAUCACAUUUUCCUGUGAUCAAUUCUUGAUUGCUGCAUGUCGCUGCUUCUUUAGCGAUGGAAACUACAUUCGCAAGAUGGACACAAAUCUUGAGGCUCUGGAGAAAGCUAUGGGAAAACUUGAGGGGAGACGAAAAGAUCUGUUGAAAAGAGUGGACAAAGAAGAAGACAAAGGUUUGCGACGGCUUUUUGAAGUCCACGAAUGGUUUUCAAGGGUAGAAGAACUUGGAUUCCAAGUCGAAGAUCUGUUUGAGUCCAGGUCAACUGAAACUGAAAAAUUGUGCCUGCUUAAUUACUUUUCUAAGGAUUGCGUAAUAAGCUACAAGUAUGGUGAAAAAGUAUGGAAGAAGAUGGAGGAAGCUGAAAGACUUUAUUCUGAAGGAGUUUUUGAAGUUUUGGCAGAGGAAGCUCCUAUACCCAAGGUGGAGAAGAAACAUAUUCAAACCACAGUUGGUUUGGAUGAAAUGGUCAAAAGGGACAAGGAACAUUGUUAUGUGAGUUGGGUUGUGGUCUCUAAAGAUUUUCAAAAUAAGAACAUUCAAGAUCAGAUUCUGCAAAGACUACAUCUUGAUAAGGAGUUGGAACAGAAAACAGAAAAAGAGAAAGCAUCUUCGAUAUACAAUCUCCUUAGCAGAAAAAAGAUUGUGAUGUUGUUAGGUGAUCUAUGGAGUGAGGUAUAUCUGAACAAGAUUGGUGUUCCUCCUGUAACGAAAGAAAAUGGAUCCAAAAUCGUUUUUACCACUCGUUCAAAAGAAGUUUGCAAACACAUGAGAGCUGACGAAGUGAUGCAAGUGAAUUGUUUGUCACAAGAUGAAGCGUGGGAAUUAUUUCAAAAGAAAGUUGAAAAAACCACAUUAAAUAGCCAUCAGGAUAUUCCUCAACUUGCAAGAGAAGUUGCAGAGAGGUGUUAUGGUUUGCCACUUGCCAUCUGUGCCAUUGAAAAAACUAUGGCAUGCAAAGAGACUGUACAAGAAUGGCAUCAUGCAUUUGACGUUCUGAAAGAGUCGUGCCGCAAGUUUCCUGGUAUUGAAGAAAAUAUUCUUGCCAUUCUGAAGUUUAAUUAUGAUGGGUUAAAGGAUGAAAAAGUCAAAUUGUGCUUCUUUUAUUAUUCUCUGUUUCCGGAAGAUUAUGAAGUGGAAAAGGAUGAGCUGAUAGAAUAUUGGAUAUGCGAAAAGUUUAUAGAUGGAAACAGAGAUGAAUAUGAAGUAAAUAACAAAGGUCAUGAUAUAAUUGGUUCGUUAUUUCGUGCACAUUUGUUAAUUGAUGGUAAAGAGACACAAUACGUCAAAAUGCAUGAUGUUAUACGCGAGAUGGCUCUUUGGAUUGUGUGUAACUUUGGAAAUGAGAAAGAUACAUUUUAUGUGAAAACUGGCGAGCAGUCACACGAGAUUCAAAAGGACAUCCAUUGGGAACUCGAGAGAAGGAUGUCUUUAAUGAGUAAUCAGCCUACACCGAUAUCUUGGAGUACCAACCUUUCAACCUUGUUGUUCAAGAAAAAGAACUUGGUAAAUGUAUGGACAGGAAUAAAAUCGUUGUCAGUAGGUUUGAAGAAGUUGAGGAAACUAAUCUACUUGAAUUUGGAGUACAACGAACUUCAGAGUAUUGAUGGGAUAGUAGCAAGUUUGCCUGAUCUGCAAGUGCUGAAGUUAUUUUUAUCCGGUAUUUGUGUUGAUGACACAUUACUAAAAGAGCUGCAACUCUUGGAACACUUGAAGAUUUCAACACUAGACAUACACGACGCCAAGAUUUUGGAAACUAUACAAGGAGUCGCCUGA